CUGCGUCACUUCCUGGAGACUGGCUGAAUCCGGAAGUGAUCCCUGAAGAUUGCGGUGCAGCGGAGGACCCCGGCGCCGGCCCAGGUUCAGGACCAUGAGUUGGAUUCCUUUCAAGAUUGGGCAGCCCAAGAAACAGAUUGUUCCCAAAACAGUGGAGAGAGACUUUGAAAGGGAGUAUGGAAAACUCCAACAGCUGGAAGAGCAGACCAAGCGGCUGCAGAAGGACAUGAAGAAGAGCACAGAUGCCGACCUAGCCAUGUCGAAAUCCGCAGUGAAGAUUUCCCUGGACCUCCUCUCCAACCCCCUCUGUGAGCAAGACCAGGACUUUCUGAACAUGGUGACAGCCUUGGACACAGCUAUGAAGCGGAUGGAUGCCUUCAACCAGGAAAAGGUGAACCAGAUCCAGAAGACGGUGAUUGAACCCUUGAAAAAGUUUGGCAGUGUGUUCCCGAGCCUCAACAUGGCAGUGAAGCGGCGGGAGCAGGCACUGCAGGACUACCGGCGGCUGCAGGCCAAGGUGGAGAAGUACGAGGAGAAGGAGAAGACCGGGCCCGUGCUGGCCAAGCUCCACCAGGCCCGAGAAGAGCUGCGACCCGUGCGGGAGGACUUUGAGGCCAAGAACAAGCAGCUCUUGGACGAAAUGCCGCGGUUCUACGCCAGCCGCCUUGACUACUUCCAGCCCAGCUUCGAGUCCCUGAUCCGAGCACAGGUGGUGUACUACUCAGAAAUGCACAAGAUCUUCGGAGACCUGACCCAGCAGCUUGACCAGCCGGGCUACUCGGACGAGCAGCGAGAGCGGGAGAACGAGGCCAAGCUGAGCGAGCUCCGAGCCCUCUCCAUCGUGGCCGAUGACUGAGCUCGGCCCCCGCAGACUCCUGGGACACAGGCAGCCUCUGCCCUUAGCAGGUGCUGGCAGGCUGGCGCCCAUGGUGGCCCCUGCUCUGCUUUGCCAGCCCUUUAACCUGAGUGCCUUCAGUGCCUGGAGCCUGACACCAGACGCCCCUAGCAGGCUCUGUCCCUACCCACAGCCUCAGGUAUAGGUAGGCAGUGUGGAAAAACCCCAGAGGCUUUUUCACUUCCAGAACCGUCCAGAGCACACCCUGGCCCGGGCCAGCGCAGGCUUCAGCCCCUUCAUUAGCUCAGCCCGCACAGCAGGGACUGCAUCUACCUCCAGAGGACCCGUGGGGGCAUCCGCCCCAUUGCUGCUCUUCACCCCAAAGGCGUGGCUCGCUACCCUGGGGGAUGGGGAGGUCGCAGUCCCCUCACUCCAGCAUGGUGAAAGCUGCUCAGGUGUAGGCAUCAGGGGUAGGCCCCAGGUCUUCUGGGAAUCUGGGGCCAUAACUCCCACUGCACGGAAUGUCAUGUUGAGCCACAGGCCUGAGUCAGCACGUUGAGUUUAUGUCGCACCAGGAUAUGUAUUUGGAAUUUUAUUUUUCCAAGUAAAGUUUCCAAUAAAACAUCACCUAGUGUGGUGCUGUACCGUCCA